AGGGCCCAAGACUUAAUCUGCCUCGUUUUUCGCCUCGUUUUUGCGUCCCUUCGCCAUGCCUUCCAAAGCUUGCUCCGUGGCUCUCGCCGGCGCCGGUGCCUAUGCGGCCGCCACCGCCUUCCUGGCACCUGCCGCGCCGCAGGUGAACCAGGAGCUUCAGGUGCGCCACCUGCGCCAGCAGCCUGCCGAGAGCUCUUCCUCCUCCUCCACCGGCGUCAUGGCGCUUGGCGCCGCUGGCGUCGUCGUGGCCUCCGCCCAGGCGGCCAAGCGCACCGUGCGCCGAGCACAGGUGGUGCGUCAGGCCACGGCCGUGGCAGAGAAGACCUUCACCAAGAUGCCGGCAUCCGUGAAGCCUGGUGUGGUGACCGGACAGGCCUUGGUCGAUCUGCUGAACUAUGCCAAGGAGAACCAGUUCGCCAUCCCUGGCGUGAACGUGGUGAGCUCCAGCAGCGUGAACGCCUGCAUGGAAGCGGCCAAGAAG